AUUCUUGUUGAUAAACCGCAACACUCAACAAAAGGAAAAAACUCAAAUGCAAAUUUCUUCACUUUCAGCGGUUGGGCAAUGCCCAACAUGGUCAACUUCACCAAUCCCGUCUCUAAAAUGUACAUUCCUCUCCCCCACCAAAACCUCUCUUCUUUUCUCCGCCCAAAAACCACUCAUUGUCACCCACAAAACACGCCCAACUCACAUCGUUUCAAUGAGCACCGAAGCUGGAAUCGGUGUCAUGGGUACUAAACUUGGAAUGAUGUCAUUCUUUGAAGAAAACGGCACCGUAGUUCCUGUCACUGUCAUUGGGUUUCGAGAAGGGAACAUUGUGACUCAAGUUAAGACCGCUUCCACUGAUGGGUAUGAUGCGGUUCAAGUUGGUUACAGGAGAGUUAGGGAUAAGAAAUUGACGAAACCUGAGAUGGGUCAUUUGCAGAAGUCUGAAAUUAUACCCCUGAGGCAUUUACAGGAGUUUAGGUUGCAGUCUGUUGAGGGGUUCGAGGCGGGUCAAAAGUUGGUUUUUGAUGAGCUUUUUAAGGAGGGGGAUCUUGUUGAUGUUUCUGGGACUACUAUUGGAAAGGGGUUUCAAGGUGGAAUUAAGCGGCACAAUUUCAAAAGGGGUCUAAUGACCCACGGUUCUAAGAGUCAUAGAGCUUUGGGUUCUAUUGGUGCUGGAACAACACCCGGACGUGUGUACAAGGGAAAGAAGAUGCCUGGCAGGAUGGGAGGGACAAAAAGGAAGAUCAGAAAACUCAAGAUUGUGAAAAUUGAUAAUGAUCUUCGUGUUGUAAUGAUUAAAGGCGCAGUCCCUGGUAAGCCGGGAAAUCUUCUGCGUAUAGCACCAGCUAAGAUUGUAGGGAAAAACAUACCAAAGAACUAGGUUGGGGUAUUUGAUUGGUUUGUCAAAGAGAGUAUUUAUGUAACUUUUUUGAAUGGCGAUUUAGAAUUUCAGUUAACAUAUUCUGUUGAGGGAAGGCUGGAUCAAUCAAUUCUUUUGUGCUAAAUUUCUAAUUA